AAUUAUAUAAGCAAAUAGAAAACAAGAUGGCAAAAGCUUGUAUUAAGAUGGCAAUACUAUUUUUCAUCGCAUCACAUUGCAUCAUACUCUCGAUGGCAUGUGAAACUAACAAGGACUGUGAGAAUGUCAAAUGUGACGAAGGACACCAUCCUAUUUGUUCGAUCAUCGGAUGCAUGUGCCUACCAAAUGCAGUAGUAGAUCAAGUUCCUUGUCAUUAUGAUGGAGAUUGUGCGCAUGAUAAAUGUGACGAUGGAAAACAUCCAAUUUGUUUAAACGGCCUAUGCGCAUGCGUACCAAAUGCAGUAGUAGAUCAAGUUUCUUGUCAUAAAGAUAAAGAUUGCAAACCUCUUUGUCCUCCUAACUGCGGAAUUACAAACUGUAUUGGUGGAAGAUGUAUAUGUAGCUGUUAAAUCAUAUCACU